AUGUCGUUAAGGAUUGGAAGAUGGUAUACUCCGGACAUGAUUAUUACCUCUGUGAUACUCAAGAUCACAAAUACGAUUAGGUCUGAGUCCUUGUGCAGUCACGGAAGUCAACUGAUCGGAUCAAGUUGUGUGGACAAUAUAGAUUGUGAAGAAAUCGUAGCUAAUAGUAGGUGCUUAGAAGGCAGAUGCGCGUGUAAACCCUAUCAUGCUACAUUUAAUAUGACUGCCUGUCUUCCCGCAAGUCUUCUAGGCGCAUCAUGCGUAACCGAAGCACAAUGCACGAAUCGGGUGCCGAACAGUGAAUGCAAGGAAGCUGUGUGCUCCUGCAAACACGGCUUCUUACAGUACAGAAAGCACACCUGUCUUGAAGCUGCUCGUCCAGGUAGCGUUUGCUACGGACACGCACAUUGCAGAAUGUGGGACGCUUCUAGUCGUUGUGAUUUUCUCAUUCCUGGUCUUUUUGGUCGUUGCCAGUGUGCCCAUGGUACAAAACUAGUCGGAGACUCCUGCGCGCUUCCUGAAGAAGUAAUCAACUUCCACAUUGAGGUGGCCAAAGUAAAUAAAACUUCCUCUGUUGCCAAUUCUGGUAGAAGACACGGCAGUGAGUCUCCGAGCAUUCGAAGGGUAGAUGCUGAGUUGCCAAAGAGAAACCCAACGAGAACUCAGUCACAAAAUUCACCUAUACUGCAAAUUAAUUUCAAACGUGAUACGUUUGGAGGAAAUAUUAACAAAUUGCAAUCUGGAGCCCAUGGUAAUCGACUACCAGUUUCCGCUUUAGUUAAAGGAUCGACAAAGAAGCCGGCAACGAUAGGAACGCCUUGCUUGUCUGAUGUGCAGUGCAAAGCCGCAGAUCCCAAUUCACGUUGCAUUCUCGGAAUUUGCGAUUGUGCUAUUGUGGCACCAAAUGCCACCAGCCCCAACUGUGGAGCCAAAUACAAUGGUUGCGCACCCACUACAUUCCAGUGCCGAACUGUAGGACGAUGCAUUAGCUAUUUCUUCGUAUGCGAUGGUAGGAAAGACUGCCCUGACGGGAGCGAUGAAUUCGGAUGUGAUGGUCUAUCUCGUCCUGGUUCUUAUGACAGCAUUGAGCAAAUCACUGAAUGUCCAGUACCAUCAUUCCGAUGCGAAGUAUCAGGACGAUGUGUGUCACUAUCGGCUCGUUGCGACGGAUCACCGCAGUGUCCUCAUGGAGAGGAUGAAGCAGGCUGUCGUGUCGGCAAAGGACAAACAUGUCCAGCUCACACUUUUGCUUGUGGGGAUGGUCAAUGUCUCCCCGAGUACGAAUUCUGCAAUUCUGUGAUCGGAUGUUCGGAUGGGAGCGACGAAGCUCCACAGAUUUGCAGGCAUGGGCAUGCACAAUUAUCUAGAGGUGCUCGAAACGGGCGACGAGGAACUUAUAAAUAUAGGUACAGAUUUGCUCCAUCUCCUGGAGGUCACUUGUCAGCCCUAGAAGUAUGUCCUUUAAGAUGCCGAAAUUCGCGAUGUCGGGCUGCCGCCAUAGCAUGUUCAGGUCGCGAUGGCUGUGGCGACAACAGCGAUGAGGAUCGUUGCACCAUUUGUCGUGAGUCAUUUUUCGAUAAAUUCUAGAAAUUUCAUUUUGAUACAUAAAUUAGAUAAUAUGUCAUCACUAUAUCAU